AUGGCUGAUUUCUCUGCUCACCACAACCAGAGCCAGUCUGCACUCACCCCCACCAACGGGACGUUGGUACUGUUCCAGAGCUUGCAGCUGGUGCACCAGCUGAAGGCGCCGAUCAUCUUGCUGUACGCAGCCGUGGAGGUGGUGGGCAUGGUGGGGAACUGCUUGCUGGUGCAUGUCAUUGCGCAGGUGAAGAAGAUGCACAAUGUCACCAACUUCCUGAUUGGGAACCUGGCCGGGUCAGACGUGGCCAUGUGCGCCACCUGUAUCCCACUCACCCUGGCCUACAUCUUCGAGCCCCGCGGCUGGAUCUUCGGCAGCACCAUGUGCUACUUCAUCUUCUUCAUGCAGCCUGUCACCGUCUACGUGUCUGUCUUCACUCUGGCCACCGUUGUUGUGGACCGUUACAUUGUCAUUGUGCAUCCACUGCGGCGCCGCAUCUCACUCCAGCUGGGUGCCUACGUGGUGCUCUUCAUCUGGAUCCUCUCUGGCUGCCUGGCACUGCCAGCCAUGGCUCACACCUACUACGUGGAACUCGGCCAGCAGGAGAUCACUCUGUGCAAGGAGUUCUGGGGGGAACAAGAGCACCAGCGUCAGACCUAUGCGCUCUUCCUGCUGCUUAUCACCUACCUCUGCCCCCUGCUAGCCAUCCUGGUCUCCUACACCAAGUUCUCCCUCAAGCUCAAGAACAGGGUCAUGCCUGGUACUAUCACUCAGAUUCAAGCCAACUGGGACAGAGCCAGGCACCUGCUGGUUGUAGUGGGGGUGGUCUUUGGGGUGUGCUGGCUGCCCUUGCAUACCUUCAACCUCAUCCGGGACAUCAACAUUAAUGCCAUGGAUGCCUAUUAUUUUAGCCUUGUCCAGCUGCUGUGCCACUGGUUAGCUAUGAGCUCUGCCUGCUACAAUCCCUUCAUAUAUGCCUGGCUGCAUGAUAGCUUUAGGGAGGAGCUAAAGAAGUUAUUGGUCUGGCACAGAAAAGUGGCUCCUUAUAGGUAAAGCAUGACAGUGAGUGUUGUAAUCUGA